AGGGGUUAAGGCACCUGGGCCGCCGCCCCCGGCCCCUCCCCGCGCCGCCCGCCCCGUCCCGCCGCGGCCAGAGCCCGACCGCGCGCCCGCUCGCCGGGGCCGCCAUGUCUCAGUGGAAGAAAACCAUCUACAAGAGUGUGUGCCUGUCCCUGGCCCUGCUGGUGGCCGUGACGGUGUUCCAGCGAGGUCUCACCCCGGGCCAGUUCCUGCCGGGUCCCGCGGCGCUCCAGCUCCGGCUGCACAAACCCAGGGGCCCCUUGACGCAGCCCCAAGACUUCUGGAAGACCCCCGAGGAUGCGGCGCCCCCCACGCCAGCGGCCUCCCGGGGGCCCCGGGCCUGGGACGUGACCAGCAUCAACUGCUCGGCCAACGCCAACCUGACGCAGCAGGCCUGGUUCCAGGGCCUGGAGCCGCACUUCCAGCAGUUCCUGCUGUACCGCCACUGCCGCUACUUCCCGCUGCUGCUAAACCACCCCGAGAAGUGCCGGGGCGCCGUGCACCUGCUGGUGGUCGUCAAGUCGGUGAUCACGCAGCAUGACCGGCGCGAGGCCAUCCGGCGCACGUGGGGCGCGGAGCGGGCGUCGGCGGGCCCGGGGCUGGGCGCCGUGCGGACCCUCUUCCUGCUGGGCACGGCCUCCAAGCGGGAGGAGCGCGCCCACUACCAGCAGCUGCUGGCCUACGAGGACCGCCUCUACGGCGACAUCCUGCAGUGGGACUUCCUGGACAGCUUCUUCAACCUGACGCUCAAGGAGACGCACUUCCUCAAGUGGCUGGACAUCUACUGCCCCAGCGUGCAGUUCGUCUUCAAAGGCGACGACGACGUCUUCGUCCACCCGGGCAACGUGCUGGAGUUCCUGGCCGACCGGCGGCCCCAGGAGGACCUGUUCGUGGGGGACGUGCUGCGCCACGCGCGUCCCAUCCGCCGCAAGGACAACAAGUACUACAUCCCGGUCAGCCUGUACGGCAAGGCCAGCUACCCGCCCUACGCGGGCGGCGGCGGCUUCCUCAUGACCGGCGGCCUGGCCCGCCGCCUGCACGGUGCCUGCGACUCGCUGGAGCUCUACCCCAUCGACGACGUCUUCCUGGGCAUGUGCCUGCAGGUGCUGGGCGUGCAGCCCACGGCCCACGAGGGCUUCAAGACCUUCGGCAUCUCGCGCAACCGCCACAGCCGCAUGAACACAGAGCCCUGCUUCUUCCGCUCCAUGCUGGUGGUGCACAAGCUGCUGCCCCGCGACCUGCUGGCCAUGUGGCGGCUGGUACACAGCAACCUCACCUGCGCCCACCGCCUGCAGGUGUUCUGA